AUAUUGAAGUGCUUUGAAGUCGGUUUUCCAAAAUUUUUCGUAAAUAUAUUUUUUAUAUUUAUAUUCACACAUAUUUAUUUUUUGAAAUAUGAUGCGAGAAGACGACAUACGCAAUGCCGGUACGCGACGCCGUAACUUACUGUUCCUCACGCAGCGCUUUCUCGCUGAUUAUGGCUUCUACCAAGCGGCCGAAGCGCUAAAGAACGAAGCACGCUUACCAGCAGAGGAGUAUGAGCUUUGUGACAACAUCGAUUUGGAUAGCAUUUACUUGGAAUACGCAAGUUACUAUCAUCUGAAAUUUGGCAAAUAUCCAAAGAUUGUGCGAAAGCUUAAGCCAUCUGUGAAGGUGGAGUUGGAUGCAAAACGCAAGUCGAAGUUUAAAAGUUGUCUGACUGCGACUGUGAAUGCCGUGAGUACUGCGCCAAUCGAUAUGCCACCGGCUGAACCACAAACAAGUCCAGGUGAACUGGAAUUGACGGUAAAAAAGGUCGAGAGCUUAAAAUCAGUGGAAAGUAAUAGUACUUUAAUAGCUUCGGCAGCGGGCAUUAGUGGCACCAAUAUUGCCGUCGCUGGCGAGGAAAACCGCAGUACAACACUGACACGUCUGCAGGAGAUUGAGCACAUAGCAGGUGCCAGCUGCUCCGCUGAUGGCCUACUCAAUCAGCAGGAUUGGCAAAACCUGGCUGAUCUAGUGAAAACGACCAUAAUGCGUGAUGAACUGAAACUAACUUGGGCCGAUAUGUGUGGUAACACAAGUGCCGUGGACAUUGUCAAGGAGGCCGUGCUAAUGCCACUGAAAUAUCCGCAACUCUUUGCGAACGGUCUGCGUCCAUGGAAAUCUGUGCUAAUGCAUGGUCCACCCGGCAGUGGUAAGACAUUGCUAGCGAAAAUACUCUACGCCGAAACGCGCAAUCAGGUGACAUUCUUCAACGUCACCAGCAGUGUGGUGGUCUCCAAAUGGCGUGGUGAAUCGGAGAAAAUAAUGCGCAUACUCUUCUACAUGGCGCAGAAACAUGCGCCUUCGAUUAUAUUCUUUGAUGAAAUCGAAGGUUUAACAUCGCGUCGCGAUCGUCCCAGUGAUCACGAGUCUUCGAAACGUUUCAAAAAUGAACUUCUCCAGCUAUUGGAUGGCAUGGAGCAACAGACGGGUGGUCUCUUUGUGUUGGCGAGCACAAAUUUGCCUUGGGACAUUGACGAUGCCUUUUUGCGUCGUUUCGAGAAGAAGUUACUCGUACAACUGCCGAACCCGGUGGAGCGUGCUAUACUCAUCGGCAAGCAGCUACCCAUAAAUGUGUCCGUUACAAAAGAGCAAAUGGAAUUAUUCGUGCGUAUUUCAGAGCACUUCACGGGCGAUGAAAUUCGCUUAGCUUGCAAAGAGAUCGCCAUGCAAAUGGUGCGUCGUGUAACGCGCGCGGGUGGUAAACGUGAGGCAAAGACGAUGGAGCCCGAAGUGCCACUGCAGCGCGCAUUCGAACAAAUCAAACCGCUGAGUGUGAAGCUGAUGAAACAUCAUUUACAGUGGCAAGAGGAGCACGGUUCGUAGGUGGAUACCCGUCAGGAGACUGAAUAUUGAAUUGAAAUUUGUGGGAUAUUAUCUAUUAUGAAUGAAUUAAUAAAAUUACUUCUU